AUGGGAAGGCCUCAUGGCAGCUGCACUGAGAAGCUGCCUUCAAGAAGAGGGUUUUGGGAUGAUGAGUAUGAUCAAGAUGUUUCAAGAACCAAAAUAGGUAACUGGACAGCCAUUUCCAAGAAAACAGCAGGAAUGGGUGGGAGAGUUGAGAGGAAUAGCAGGGCGCGGUGGAGCAAUAAUCGUUCUUCGAGGCAUGAUGUUGAUCAUCAUCAUCAACAACAGGAUAAUAAGUUUAGUCCCCAGGAAGAAGAGCUUAUCAUCAAGCUUCAUGCUACUAUUGGGAGCAGGUGGACUAUAAUUGCACAGCAGCUUCCUGGGAGAACAGACAAUGAUGUGAAGAAUUUGUGGAACACGAAGCUGAAGAAGAAGCUUUCUGCAAUGGGGAUUGAUCCCGUUACACACAAGCCCUUUUCUCAGAUUCUUUCGGAUUAUGGAAACAUUGGAGGGUUCCCAACUGCAGGAACUUCCAGCAGGCCGCAAUUUGGGACUCUCAACAGGGCUUUAAAGACAACAAUAAUCCUGUCGAAAUCGCAGAAAUCAUCUGCAUCUGCGGCGGAUUGCUGCGGUUUUCUGCAGAGUAACAAAAGCAGCGACGAUUCUAAUCAGUAUAUGGAUCUCCUCUCCGAGCUGCAAGCCAUUAAAUCCAUUACAGAGUCCACGAAUUUCUCCUCUGCCCCGGACGCCAUUAAUAUUGUCUCCCCGCCGUCCUCGCUGUCGUCGUCUUCCUCGUUAACUUCCCCGCCUUUAGCCGCCGCAGCUCAAGAAAAAGCAGCCUGUACAGGUUUCAGCUGGUGCGAUUUUCUUCUAGAAGAUGCAUUUCUGCCCCUCAAUGUCCAACAAGCUGCUUCAGAAGACUGGGAACCCAAGAAUUCCCCUGUGGACCACAAUACAAGCCCAGAAGAUAUCAUCAAGAUUUCUUCAUCUUCUUCCUCAUCAAACAACAACCUUGAAGCUGCUGCUUCUUCUUCAUCGUUUGUGGAAGCAAUGCUGUCGCGCGAAGACGACGACAUGUUCUUGGAUUUUCCUGGCCUCUCUGAGGAACCAUUUUACUACUGAUGACCUGCUGGAUGGUAAAUUAAUUAAUAUUCUCAGACCAUCAUCAUCAUUUGUUUGUUCGUUUGUUUUGUCCAAAGGAAUUGGAAGGACAUGCAGCGGCAACCUUAAUUAAUUUACAUAUAUACUACCAAUCUUUAAUUUUGUUUAAGAUUAAUUUAUGAAUUCAUUUUAAUUUAUUGGCCGCCUAUAUUCAUAUUUAAUUUGUACAACUAAUAAUGAAA